GUACUGCAGACAUCAGCCUAAACAUAAGCACCAUGAAAUUUUUCGUUGUAUUCAUUGCGCUCUUUGCCCUGGUUGCGGCGUCUCCUCAAUGGGGAUUCGAUCAAGGACAGCAGCAGCAGCAGCAGGAAAGAGGUUUUGGUGGUGGAUUUGGAGGUGGAUUCGGUGGUGAACAGCAACAGCAGCAGCAGGAAGGAGGUUUUGGUGGAUUCGGAGGUGGCUUCGGAGAACAGCAACAGCAGCAGCAAAAUGGAUUCGGUGGCUUCGGAGAACAGCAACAGCAGCAGCAAGAAGGAUUCGGUGGCUUCGGAGAUCAGCAACAGCAACAGCAAGGAGGAUGGUAAAGGAUUUCUGCGAUAAUUUCAGAAAAUACGAUAAACGAAAUUUCACCACACGAAUUUUAGACCACUUGUAUAGAUAAAUAUAUCAUAGAUAUAUAUAUUAAACUGAUUAAAAAGAUAAUUUUCACAAAAA